GCGCGUCGAAUCGACUCUCUCUCUCCUCUUUUUAGCUCGAGAUACGUAGAAUGGGCUGCAGCAGCGACAGCAGCAGCCACAGCGGCGAACUCAUCAGUAGAGUCUCCACUCCAACAACCACAACAACAGCUACAACGUCCUGCCGCUGCUGUUGCCAGGAAUCUCACUUAAAUGAAGGCAUUCAUAUGCUGCCGCUCGCUGCUCUCUGCAGCGUCAUCUACAAUCACAGCAAUAGCUGCAGCAGUACUCAAACCUCUGUCACUCUCUCAAAUACCCUAACAACUCCUAUUCCUCUCUCUCUCUCUCGAAUCUUCUCCUUCUCGUUUCAUCUUCUCUCGAUCGUCUGAUCCCGACCGUCCGCUGACUCUUCUAGCGGCUGCUAAGGCCGAUGACGACAUUGCCGGCACCUACCCCCAGGUCGCCGCCGAGGUACCCGGAUCUGUACGGGAAGCACCGGAAGCAGGCGGAGCUGCAGGUGUUGAACCGCGAGAUCGGAUUCCUGGAGGAGGAGUUGCAAUCACUUGAAGGCCUUCAACCUGCUUCUAGAUGCUGUAAAGAGGUCGAUGAUUUCGUUGUAACAAACCCAGAUCCGUUGAUACCUCUAAAUCAGAAGUUCCACAGAUCGUUUCGUAUCUGCAAGUGGCUCCGUUGUGGACACUCAUCAAAUCCAGUCCUCACAUAUGUUGGGACCCUGGUUGCACAAAGUCAACAAAAUGAUCCAUCGUGUACAUGCUGGCCCACACUGAAGAGGAUGAAAUCAUGCUUCAACCUCUCAUGGCUAUGCUGCUUCAGUGGAUGCACUUUCCAUCUCAAAUGGCCAGCCUGCACGUGCGAUCCAGCAAGAUACUGCAAGUGCUGCUGCCGUCUUCCCGAUUGCCGCAGUCUUCCCCAUUGCUGCCGCUGCCGCUGCCGUUGCCGCUGCCACUGCCGCCCCUGCUGCUGCAGCUGCAGCUGCUUGGAGAAGUGUUGGACGUCAUGUUGCAUCCUUCCAAGGCUAUCUUGUCCUGACUGCUCUUGCAGCUGCGAAUGGUCUUGCCCGAAAUGUACGAAGGUAUGCUGUUGCCCAAAAUGUACAAAGGUAUGCUGUUGCCCAAAAUGUACUCGUAACUGCUGUAUCCCAUGUUGUCUAUGUUUCUAGAUAUGUGGUGAUGUUCCUCUA